GACGAAGGGGCUUGGAAGAGCUGACUUCCCGAGCCAUCGACGCCCAGGGGGCCGGUGGGGUUACCCUCAGCUGCGCUCCGUAGCCGUUUGGGCUCAGGCCGUUCUGGCGCUCAGCAGGGAGGUCUUCAGGUCAUGGCCCGCACCUUGCCCAGCUGCCUGGUGAUCGGCGGCGCCGGCAAUCUUGGCUCACAGAUCGUCGAUGUGCUUGUUGAGAGGAAGUACCCCAAGAUUGCGACGUUUGAUCUCGCGCCCUACCAUGGAGCGCACGUCGACAGGGUAGCGAGCUUCAGCGGCGACAUCAACGACCAGGCGUCCUUGGAAAAUGCCAUACGCACAACCAGCGCCCAGGUCAUCUUCCACACCGCGUCAAUUAUCGACAUUCGCCCGGUGCCGUCUCCCAAGAUGCAGCUGGUGAACGUCGAGGGCACAAGGACCAUCCUCGCGGCUGUGCGCGCGACCGCGACGGUGCGUGCGCUGGUGUACACGUCGUCUAUCGAGGUCGUCUCCGGGAAGGCCGCGGAUGGGAAGAGGCAAGACUUGUCGGGCGGUUGCGACGAGACGGUCCCGAUCCCGGUGGAGCACCACUUGCCCUACGCCGCGACGAAAGCGCAGGCGGAGCUCCUGGUUUUGACCGCUGACGGGAGUAGCAUCGCGGGGCGAGAGCGACCACUCCUGACUUGCGCCAUCCGCCCUGGCUACAUCAUGGGCGCCGGCGCCAUAGGGCAUAUCCUUGACAUGCACUUGGCGCACGAGUCUCGCGGGGGCUACUACGUGGGCGCAAAGCUCCCGGCCAUCUUCCCAACCGUGCACGGUGGCAAUUGCGCACGCAUGCACGUGAUGGCGGCAGAGAAGAUUGAGCAAUCAGAUGUUCACGGUCAGGCUUUCUUCUGCCGCGAUUUCGAGGCCAACAUCGUCGACAUGACCCUCCACGCGUUCCGCACUUGCGGCGUGAAGUGCUUGAUCCUCCCAGUGUGGCUGGCAUAUUUGCUCGCGUGGCUGACGGACCGCGCGGAACGUGCCCUGAUCAAGCUGUACGGCUGGUUCGGUCUCCGGCGACAGACGCCGGCCACGGUGGUCGACAUCCGGGCUGUCCGUAUGGCGUAUUUCGAUUUCGUGGUCAGCGGCGAGAAGGCUCGGCGGGCGCUGGGCUACGAGCCUGUCGUCGGUCGCGAGGCGUGCCUGGACGAGGCGGCACGGUUCUGCGACGGCUUCUACGCGAGCCUGGCGAGGUCGGGGGCGGCCGGGGCAGGACCGACGUCGGGACGGCUCGGCCAGGAGGCCCCUCCGAAGAAGGAGCUCUAGGGCCGCGUGGGCUCGCGUGCUCGUGCGUGGUUUCCGUGGGAGCGCGGAGGGAAGAGCCGAGCUGAGACGUCCAGAAGA